CCGUGGAAAAGACUUCGACCGAGUAACAGCGCGUCCCCGCGGCUGCACGGCGCUAAUGUGGAUAGUUUUUAGCAAAAGCGAGAAUUAAUAAACCGCGCGCACGGGAGCAGGGAGCAGUCUAACACCUGGAGAACAUGGACUCGACCUGAGAGCGAGGUUUUCACGACGCGCUGGGGACGUAAGAAGCGGGUUCCGGUGACAGUGUUCGUCUGUCAGGAAGUUUGACGCGCGCAGCUCAGGAGCGUUCCUCCGCUUUGUUUUGGUCGGUGAAAGUUGUGAGAGCGCAGGGGGACCCCCGUUACAUUACCGCUAGACCACCGGGACACCAGCGGGGGACCACCGGGGGACCACCGGGACUCUGUGACGGUGUCGCUGAAGCAGGGAAAAAGUCUGUCCACACUCCAGAGACAGUGUUUCAAGACAGAUUUGCACCGAACAUCGCUGGAGUUUGUCCAACUUGACUGAAAACAUCCCUGGUAUUUGGACCAGAAACACUGAAAGGCCUCAAUUAUUCAUCUUUACUGUUGUUUUAGUCCGUUCUGGCUCCGUUGUGUCUCCAUGGGAGUCAGAUUUAUUACUGUCAGACACAGGCCUGUGUUUUUUUUCUUAUUUAGGCUGUUAUAUCCUGUUUAAUCCUAAAAGUUCAGAUAUUCGCAGGAUAUAAUAUUAUCACACAUCAGAUAGUGUUGGUGUUCGUGCUAUUUUGGAUUCAAACCUGGCAACCCAGAGAGGAAAAAACUUCAAAGUGAUCAGGAAGAGAGGCCAUUAAAUCAAAAUCACGGAAAGUGUGCUAUCUUUUCCCUCGCAGAUGGAUUUCAUACAGGCCACACGGUUGUUGUUGCACCUUUUUUGGUAGUUUUUUUUGUUGCUUUCACAUUUGGGGGACACAGUUCUGUGUGAAUGAAGCCUGGACAUGUGUUGGAGCGGCUGCAGAGGAGCGGAGGUGUGGACCUCAGCAGCUGGAUCACUCUGAUGUAGGCUUUUCUUUCCCCCCUGUGAAACCUCUCAUGUGACUCAAGUUUGUGUUUACAACCCGGGGAAGCGUGUUUUUGUUUUUUUCCUGCUCCAACUUGAAAGAGGAGGACGAGCCCCCCUGUUACCUGCAGGGAGGGGAGGGGAGGGGGGGUCGGCCCCUGCCAUGGCGCCCUCACACGCACGCGCACCGGUGUGAGAGGAACCCGAGGACACCGAAUGAACUACCUGUGCACCCACUGCGGCUCCGCUCCACUCGGGACAAGUCCCGUCUCGCCCUGACCCGGGUCGCCAGGGCAACAGGCUGUGGGACAGCAGAGACAAGUUUCUGAGGGCCUGUUGGGGCACCAUCGUACACAAACUUUGCCACAAUGAAUGAGAGGCAGGCCCUCCACUCUAUAAUGAAGGACCUGGUUGCCCUCCAGAUGACGAGGCGCCAGCCAGUGGUGUCGUACGACAACAGCAAACCCAAGUUGCCGGCUCAGACCAACAGACAGGACGAUGUCAGGAUAAAGUUUGAGUUCUCAGGGGAGAGACGGAUCUUGAUGUUUGGACGGCCUGUGCAGUUCGAAGAAAUCCAGCAGAAAGUUAAGACCGUGUUUGGGCAGCAGUUAGACCUGCAUUACAUGAACAAUGAGUUGUCCAUCCCUCUGCGAGGCCAGGACGACCUGGACAAGGCAAUCGAUCUGCUGGACCGAAGCUCCAACAUGAAGAGCAUCAAGAUCCUGCUGCUCACUCAGGAGCACAGCAACGUCUCCUCCCCCUCUCACCAUGUGCCAUGUAAACAGGUGAGGAUCAAGUCAUCUCAAUCCACUGGAGACGUUAGCGGGGUGUACCAAUCUGCCGAGCCCAGAGGGCGCCACCUAUCAACCGGUUCUCAGAACACGGGGCGUAGCUCGCCGCCUCCUGGCUAUGUGCCCGAGCGCCAGCAGAGGAUCGCCCGCCAAGGUUCAUACACCAGCAUAAACAGUGAGGGGGAGUUCAUCCCAGAGACCAGCGAUCAGUGUGUGCUGGAUCCCUGGAGCAGUGCAGAAAACUCUGUCUCUGGAAGCUGUCAGUCUCUGGACAGCAACUCAGACAGCCCAUCAUUGAGGAAGUCUCGCAUGCACAGAGCUAAAAGUUACCCUGAUAACCGUCAGGAGUGCUCAGACAGGGAGAAUCAUGUGUAUGACAGGGUAGCUGGAAAGGGUGGCACCUAUCCUCGUAGGUACCACGUCUCCCUGCAUCACAAGGACCACAGCGAAGGUCGCCGGACGUUUCCGCGGAUUCGCCGACCCCAGGGGAACCUGUUCACCCUUGUGCCUUCACGUCGGUCACUCAACGGCAGCGAGGAGAGUCUUGGCAGCUGGCAGCUCGUCGAUGCCCAGGGCAGACUCCGUCCCCAGGAUCGUUCUGUUGCCCAUAAGUCACCCAGCGCUCCAGUAACAUGGCGGCGGGGGAAGCUCCUGGGCCAGGGGGCAUUUGGACGGGUUUACCUGUGUUACGAUGUGGAUACUGGGAGAGAGCUGGCUGCCAAGCAGGUCCAGUUUGAUCCUGACAGCCCUGAGACAAGCAAGGAGGUUAGUGCUCUGGAGUGUGAAAUCCAGCUGCUGAAAAACCUGCAUCACGAGCGCAUUGUUCAGUACUACGGCUGUCUGAGGGAUCUCAAUGAGAAGACCCUCACUAUUUUCAUGGAGUACAUGCCGGGGGGUUCAGUCAAAGACCAGCUGAAGGCAUACGGGGCCCUGACGGAAAAUGUGACCCGGAAGUACACGAGACAGAUCCUGGAGGGGAUGUCCUAUCUGCACAGCAACAUGAUCGUACACAGGGACAUUAAAGGUGCCAACAUCCUGCGGGAUUCAGUGGGCAAUGUGAAGCUUGGAGACUUUGGCGCCAGCAAGAGGCUUCAGACCAUCUGCAUCUCUGGCACCGGCAUCCGCUCAGUGACCGGCACCCCCUACUGGAUGAGUCCGGAGGUGAUCAGUGGAGAAGGCUACGGCAGGAAGGCUGACGUCUGGAGCCUUGGUUGUACUGUGGUGGAGAUGCUGACAGAAAAGCCUCCGUGGGCUGAAUAUGAGGCCAUGGCAGCCAUAUUCAAGAUCGCGACCCAGCCCACCAACCCACUGCUACCCUCAAACACCUCCGACCAGUCACGGGACUUUAUCCGCUGCAUCUUCGUGGAGGCCAAACACAGGCCGAGCGCUGAGGAGCUGCUCAGACAUCCGUUCUCUCAGAUUCUGUGCUGAAACCCGCCUGGUUUCUGAACUUUCUUACCAUGAAGUGGCACAGCAGCCUCGGCAGAAUCUGCAGCUUCCUCGAAAUCAAACCAUGACAGGAGUCCAGACCUGGAACAGUGUGAAACCCACUGAGCCUCUGCCACAAUGCAGGGGCUUCAAAGACGAAUCAGUGUUCGCUCACACAGAUCCAAAGUAGAGACAAAGAGAUCCAAACUGUCAAACAUUGGUGCCUUUAAAACCAAUGUAAGUACAAAAGUCACCACCAGGGGGAAACAAAACACAGAUGAAGUAUCACUCGGAUACACACACUCCAAAUGCAGCAUCACUGAGUCUCAGCACAUGAUAAAGUAUCCUCCCCUGUGUUUACCUUCGCUUGUUGGGCACCUGAGACCAGGAAGUCUCAGGUGUUUGACUUUUAAAGCUACAGCAGGCCUAGAGCUCAAGUGUCCCCAGUGGAUGUUGAUCGCCCCCCCCCAGUGCACUACAGUGUUAAUUGGACAGGUUUUUCCAACUUUGGCAAAUUGCAGCUACUUCCUGUUUCUGUUCCUGCUCUGGAACAAAGAAAACUCCACCCUCAGUUAGAACUCCUUUUCUAUUUCUGGCUACGAAUUGGUGGUAAAAAAAACAACAACAACAGAAGAAGUGAUAUCACAUGGAGUUUUGUCUUUAACUGGAGUUUAAUGGCAAAAUAUUGUUCAGCUGUUGAAAACCUCUGAAGUAAAUAAGCUAUGUCAUGUUUUGGUUUGAGCCCCUCAGGAGACAGAGGAUGUGUCUUAGCAAUCACAAAUUCAUGACAAGAGAUAAAUACACAAUUACGUCCACUGUCUUAAACCUCCAAAGACCACGAUGCACUGCAGCUCCUCGCUCCAAUCUGCCUCUCAUCUAAACUAUAACCAUUCGAAUCACAAAUUGUGAUAUCUGUGACUAUUUGUUUCUCUCAAAGUAAUCAUGCAGUCCUCUUUGAAAAACUCAGGUUGAUUAACAACACUUUAAUAAAGCUCUGAAGGUAUUUCAACAUUAUUUUAACAAUCUGGACGAAAAUAAAUCUGUCUAAAAAGACUUGUAACACACGAUGACCUUUCCCACCUUGCCAAAAAUGACAUGUUUUCUUUGCACAACACAACAAAAUGUCAACAUAUUCUUUUCUAUGAAAAUAUAAAAUGAUAUUAAGCAAUCUCAUAUAACUUAGCUUCGGCAAACACAUCCGUCAUUAGAUCAGGAAUUGCAACAGGUUAAAAAAUCUUGAAAAUUGUGCACAAAAUUUUCUAUCCAUAUAUGUAGAAGAAUGCUUGACGGUUGUGAGAAUAUUUGCAGAGCAGUGGACCUUCGAGAGCACUGUGGCCUUUAUUGAUGCCACAGAAUUUGGAUGUGAAAUUGGGAGAGAGGGUGGGGAAGACACCCAGCAAAGGGCCGGGUUAGAACCGAACCUGUGGGUGCUGCAGGAGGACUUGAGGACUUUACACGGGGCGCCUGGUGAGGUAGCUGCACUCCUGAUGUUAUGUUUUGUAAAAAGGAGAGAGAGAGGAAAGAGAUUUGACUCUGAAUCUGUCUGCACGGAAAAAAUAUUUUUUUAGUCACUGUCAUUAUUGCAGUCUAUAUCUAAAAGGAGCCUUUAAAAAUCUGAAUCCGCUCCAAAAUUGAAUGUGUUCUUCCUUGGGUCAUUCCCCAUCCCUCCAAAAAAUGUAAUGGAAAUAUCUUCAGUAGUUUUUGUGUAAUCCUGGGAAACAUAAGCUGCAUGGUGGAGGUAAUUAAGAGAAUCAGUGCACUUCGGGAACCAACAGAAUUUGGAUGCAAUCAUCAUAUAAAGCAUGAGGACGACAUGUAACAGUGAAAGAGGAGCUGGGUGUGGAUUUUUCUUCUUAAAGUGACUCUUCUGUGGUUCUACCUCUUGCCUCAGUGUGACUUCUCCUUCCAGCUGCCUUCUUCCUCUCGCAGCUCUUCAGUAUCACAGUUGUUCUGAGCCUACAAUGUGCCAAAAAGGGACGGAGCAGGGUCAUGGUCUGAACUUGGUAUCAGUCAGCAGACGGUAAAGGCCUUAAUGUGGGACUUCCUUUGCUGAGGAUCAUACUGUCCAUGUGUGUCAGGCCCAAACAUCCUUGACAGAGAACCCUUAGCUUAAUGAUCAAUUUUCAAUCAGAUGCACUUUUUUGUCAAAUGAAUGUUUUUUUUGUUUUUUUUUGUUCUCGUUACCAAAUUUGACUUAAAAUGUGAAAAUUGUUUCACUUUUAUUUAUAUCCCCACGUCCAUUCCAAUUAGAUUUUAUAAGCAAAUAUAUAUGUAUAAAUAUAUUUUUUAUAAUUAGACUGUGUCAAAGUUAAUGAUACUUUCAAGACAUAGUUUCGUUCAAUUGUAGGAAGCAGCUGGUUUUGCAGACAUUACAGAAAUGGGGUUUAUAAAUGAAAAAUGGGUGGAAAACGAACUCUGGCUGCACGCUUCUUGUUCCAGCUCCAAACAAAAUACUUUCCACACAUCCAAAGAUAUUCAUUAAAAUGAUGAUUAUCUGACAGGUUAUGGAAACUUUGCAUCAUUUAGCUGUUGUACCUUCUAACAUCUACAAGGUCUCAUGAAUACAACCUUUAAAAAGGCUUCAUUUACAAAAGAAGCUCCAGGGAAAUGUUUUCAUCGGAUCUGGGUUAUUAAAAUGAAAUUGAGGGGUGUGUGAGAGACAAAGACGAGCAGGAUCAGAGCCAGUGCUGGAUGUCAGAGUUCGCUGUUCAAACCAGAAGACGACUUUGUUUAUCCCAGGGUUCAGACAACAAGUAUUAAAUGGUUUUCGGGGGCUGCUGCCUUAACGCUAACAUGAAGAUGCUUCUAUGGGGCUGCUACAGGAUAAAGGCAGCUUGAGUAAGUACAGUGUUGAAGAAGACAAAGGACCCUGGGAUAAUCGAAAGAAUACAAACUAGUUCUCUAUAUAUCUAUAUAUGUAAAUGUAUGAUUAUGUAUCAUGACAGGACUUGCAGUGCAAAGUCUAAUGUAUCAAAUUUAUUUUACAGCAAGAAAAGAAUAGUAUCUCUAAUGACAUAUAUGUAUAAAUAUACAUAUGUAUAUGUAUUUGUCAUGGCCUCUCUACAAAACAAAUAAAGAUUUUUUUUAAUAUCC